GGGAGGGAGGAGAAAUUAACUGCCUUCACGUUUACGCCAUAGUUCGAUCAUCGCGAGAAGGAACAUAGUUCUUGAGAUAUUUACCCAAAGUCCUGAUCGAUUCAUUUAAUUUUUCAUAACAAAUUCGGAAGAAACAUAGUUCUUUCUUCCAGAGGACUGUGAUUUUGGAAAAUUAUAGUAAUUUUCGUUAGGUAGGUGCUACGAUGGAGGAAGAGAAGCAGCCACUGAGUGCGGCGACGGAACCUCCUAAGAAGCAAGUUCAAGAGAUUGAAGAAGAAAGCGGAGUAAACGAAGCACCUUCAAAAAGCGGCGGCGGCGGCGGUGGCGGUGGCGGAGGAGGAGGAGGCUGGGGAGGUUGGGGAUUCUCUGCGUUUUCUGUUCUCUCAGAUCUCCAGAAGGCCGCCGAAGAGAUCUCACGAAAUGCUGCUGCGGUAGCUCAGACAGCAGCUAAAAGCAUUGCAGACUUGGAAAAUGAAGAUGAGCAUGUGGAGUCUUCCAAGGAAAAAGAAGUAGAAGAUUCUGCAGCUGAAAGUGAGAGUGAAGAUGAGAACGAUAAGCUGCGAAAAUCUGCCUUGGAUAAAUUAGAGAAGGCCAGCGAGGAUUCAGUUUUUGGCCAGGGCUUAAAGGUUCUGGAUACUUCUGUGGAGAAUAUAGCUUCGGGAGCAUGGAAAGCUCUGGGAAGUGCAUUGAGAGGGGGCAGUGAUUUCGUUCACAAGCUUGAGAAUUCAGCUGCAAAUAUUGCAGAAACCAUUCAACAGCAAAGCAUACCAGCUGCAGCUGGUUCUGUUGCUCCAUCAUUGUUGGAGAGAGGAAAGGCUCUCACAACCAAGGGAAUGGAAGUUCUUGAACUCGUUGGAAAGGAAACCAUGGAUCUAUUGAUUACAGAGACUGGCAUUGAAGUUGAGAAAGGCUCUAAUGAGAGUGAACCACAUGCUGAGAAGGAUCAAUUAGAAGAUGAAGAAGUGACAUUUGAUCGAUGCUUUUAUAUAUAUGGAGGUCCAGAACAGUUAGAGGAGUUGGAGGCCUUGUCCAACCACUAUACUUUAUUAUAUAACCGAAGGAAAGGAAAAUUAUCUCAAGACCAGAAAUCUGUGUAUGAUGGAAAGCUUAGACAGGUCCAACAAAUUUUCAGUUUGAGUAAUGAAAUGGAAGGAAGCAGUUUAAAAUCAGACAAAGUUAAAAAGUUGGAAAUUGGAGAAGAAGGAAAUGAUGAGAUGAAGAGUUUAUAUGAUUCUAGUGUCAGCAAGGCUGCUGAAAUGGCUGCAGGAUUUGGAAGUUCCAUAUCCGAACUUGCUGUUCCUGAAAUAAUGCAAAGGACUGUUGACAGAUUAGAAUCACUUCACUCGGAUGGAGUCCAUAGACUUUCAGAAAUGUGUUAUUUUGCGGUGUCUCAAUUUUUGAUGCUUGGAAAAUCCAUUAUAACACAAGCCAACAAAGUUGAUGGUGACAAUGAUGAUGAAGAUGAAGAUGAAAAUGCUGUAAAAAUCAUAUGGCCCGCAGAUUCUGAUGAAAAAGCUGAAAUCAUUAGACUGAAGGCUCUAUCCAUGACAAGAUAUGUAGAUGCACUAUCCAAUGGCUUCAUCACAGGCAUUGCUGAUGUUUCGAAAGCAUACGAAGCUGCCAUGAGUGCAGUCCCAGCCAAUUCUCACAAAGGUCAUCUGCAAACGUCGAUACAAGACAAGGCCAACGCCUUCUCCAAGCAUCUUCGUGCUGAUCAAACCACAGCUUUCUGCAAAAUCCAGGACGGGCUUCAGUACUUGUCUUAUCUGGUUCUCUCAACCUCAAUGCCAUCUGCUUGAAGAGAUCAGACCCAAAAACACUUCCGUGAGCAUUUCCUCCCCUAGUUACUGUAAAUAGUUGCAAUCCCAGAUCCAUUACUAUCCCUCCCUGCUUACAUUAAACUUUGUGCAGCAGUAUCGGCAUCCGAACUCAUGAAUUUGGAGCAAAGGUGUUUUUUUUCUGUUUGAUCCAAGUUUCUGCUGAUAUGUUUAGCCUGCAUCGAAUUAUUUUAUGUUGAACAUCUAUCUCCUGCAAGACUUUUGAGGAAGAUUGGCAUGGAAAAACCAACAAUUGCAGUCUGCCUUGUUUAUGCUGUAGAAAUGUGAAGAUUGAAAGGAGAAAUAUAUCUAAAUGCAAAAUAAGGUUUCUAA